AUGGUGAAGGAUAUCGUCGACCAGGCUAUCGCCGCCAAUAAGGUGAUGGUUUUCUCAAAGACCUACUGUCCUUUCUGCACCAAGGCCAAGGACGCCCUGAAGAGCGUCGGUGCCUCUUUUGAAGUCAUGGAGAUUGAAAACCGAAGCGACAUGGAUGCCAUCCAGGACUACCUGAAGGAGCUGACUGGCGCUCGAUCAGUUCCACGCGUCUUCGUCAAUGGCAAGUUCUACGGCGGUGGGGACGACACCUCCGCUGGUGCUGCCAAUGGCGAUCUCGCCAAGAAGAUUGCCGAAUAA